AUGCGACUCACUGACCCUACAGGUUCACGCCGAGCUCGCUCGCUGCAUGAUUCGUACGACGCUCGUCCCUUGCUGCCCCGUCAAGCGUCUUCAUCCGCCUCCUCUUCGACAAGAUCAUCAUCUGCGUCUGCCUCCACAUCUACAGCUCCCGACCCCGCCUUUACAUCAUCCACUACUCGCACAGCACCAGACGCUUCCUUGUCACCCUCCGCCUCCGCCUCCGCCUCUGCUUCUUUUCCUUCUUCUUCCUCGUCGUCGUUCUCCUCCCCCUCCUCCUCCACUUUUUCUGCUUCCUCCUCUUCCGCCGCAUACUCGCCAUCAGCGUCGUCCUACUCACCAGCUGCAUCCGGCUCGUUUGGCUCCAAUGGCGGCGGCGGUAUGAGCUCACCUGCCUCUGGUGACCUCAACAGCACCCGCAUCGUACUAGGUCGAGGCUUUGCCAACGGCCAGCUCGCCUACAGUGUUCCCAUCAACCUCGCUAACCAGCACAUCAAUGCACAGCUCGAUACGGGCAGUGGUGAUCUCUGGUUUGCCAAUCAGGACUGCGAUACCGAAUCGUGUCGAGGACACCAAGGUCUCACCGUCACCAAAUUCAACGACCACUCAGACUCGGUCGUCGACCAGGAUACCCCCUUCAACAUCAGCUACCUUCUCGGCUCCGCCUCUGGCCAGGUCAAGACUUCCUCGAUGCUCUUUGGCGAUCCCGUCACUUCGCGCAUCAUUGUCAACUCGCAGGGUUUUGGCUCGUGCAACCAGGUCUCGAACGAGGACAUGGAUUCAGGCAACUUUUCCGGCAUCAUCGGUCUCGGUCCCCCCGCCAACAGUCUCAUUCAGGCUGACCUCAACGCUACGAGUAACACCGCCUCCCUCAACGUCAACGUCCGCCCGCCUCAAACCGGCGCCGUCCUUGCUGGCUUUUGGUAUGGUGCGCGUCCCGGUCGCAGAUUCGUUGGCAUCGGUCUACAGCGCCUCGAGGAAGACGGUGGCAAGGGCGACAGCGUUUUGACCGUAGGCAACCAUGAUCCAGCUUACGCCGGCAGCGCCAAUCCUACGCUGAACUACACCAAUGCCGUUGGCGAUGCAGACGGCGUCGUGCGUCAUUGGCGUGUCACCCUCACCAGUAUCACAGUCGAGAUGCAACACGGCGUGACCGAACCCAUCCCCAUUGGCACCUCGAGUGUCAUUGCCGGCUCAAAUCCGAUUGCCGUCUUUGACUCGGGCGCCAGCGUCAAUCUAGGCCCAGAAAGUACCCUCAAUGCCAUGUAUGGUGCUUGGGGCAUCGGUCCUGCCUCGGAUGGUGGCUACUAUGUGCCCUGCAACCUUCAACUCAACAUCACCCUUGGACUCGGCGACAUCUCGAUUCCCAUCCACCCGCUCGACGCCAGCCUUCCAACCGGAUCAGGCAACGGGCCGUCUGGGGAUGACUCGGUGUGUCUCGGCUCUUUCCAGGCGCUUCGUUCGCUCUCAGGCGCCUCGAACGGUGCCAACCUGAACGCCAGCUUCCUCCCCGCCGAUUUUGUCCUCUCGCCUGCUUUCAUGCGAAGCGCAUACACCGUCUUCUCGUGCGACGGCGGACUCAACGCCAGCCAGGCGCAGGCCAACAACAUGACGAUCAACAGUCCAUGCGACGCCGCCGUCGGCCUUCGUCCGCUCGUCAACAUGACCGCCGCCACCCAGCAGUUCACCGCGGUGCGCAUCAAAAAGCAAACGUUGGGUCAGUCGGGUUUGCACGGCGGCCAUACCGGCUCGCGCUCAGGCGACAGCAAGGGCCUCUCAGAGGGGAUCAAGGUCGUCAUUGGCUGUGUUUGCGCUAUCGUUGUCAUCGGUGUGCUGUUUGGCGUUGCUCUGUGGCGUCUGCGCCGUCGACGUCGUCGCAUCGCCGCCGCCCGCGUCGCACUUCUCGCUGCGCAGGCCGAAAAGUCAGGAGGCGUUGGCACUGUCUCGUGCGGCACCAACGGCCACACCAAAAAGCACAGUAACCCUUACAGCGUGAUGAAGAUCGACGGCCUCACUGUGCCUUUGGAGCUGCUCGGCAAAGACGACGACAGCAGCAGUAACGUAGCCCUCUCGCCCGCUCAGCGUGCCAAGGCGCGCCAGCUGCAUCACAUGCACGGCGUCUUUGAUGACGACCUGCACGACGACGAAGCCGGCCGUGGCGAGGAUCCGCGUUGGGGAGAGGAAGCGCCCGUCAACCCGCAGAAUCUGCACGCUGCCGGUUUGUUGAGCUGGGACGUGUCUUCGACUGGCUAUGUCGAUGCUCGCCAAGUCAAGAACGCCUACCUGGCCUCGCUCACUGCGGAAGAGCGCAAGGCGUUCCUGGAAGCAUCCGCCAAACGAGAGCAGUCCGACUUGGCUCGCAGUGCACCCAGUCACGAUGAGCAAAGCGUACAGAACUCGCCAACCCAGUACGACACACACUCUGAGUCCGGAUACAGCGCGCAACACUACGAAAAUCGCGACAGUGCGCGCGCCGCCUCGGAUGCACCUCUGUUGCAACACGAUGACCUGCGUUGA